UGCCAAGCUACCAUCUGACGUGACGUCAUGACCAACUCUCACGUGACCAGGCCGGGCCCCGAUGGUAUGGCGGAAAUAAACGUCGUCUGAGCUAGACAGGACCAGCAGUUUUUCACAGGAUUUUAUCCCCUUGGCGACGGUAGGAGCUGAACAAAGAAUCGCAAUUAACAGAGUUUUGCAGUACUGUGGCCCUGGCAGCCAUCGCCCCCCACAACCUGACUGUCAAACUUGCCUUCAGCCUCACAACCACAGGUGCAGCCACCACAGCAUAGCAAAGUAGGCUCAGUAAACAGACUGAGAAGAUGUCGGAUGCGCAGAACCCAUCUUUUUCCCAGCUCCAGGUGACAAUCACCUCGGCCAAACUGAAGGAUGUUGGUGGUGGCUGGUUUGCCAGCAAGCCUGAUCCUUACGUCGAGCUCAGUGUGGAUGGACAGCCUCCCAGGAAGACUGAGGUGGUCAAGAAAACUCUCACCCCCACCUGGAAUGAACACUUCACUGUGUUGGUGACUCCUUACAGCAAACUCGAGCUCAGUGUCUUUAACCACUUCAACCUAAAGACAGACGUCUUGAUGGGGAGGCUGCACCUUGACCUGUACCCUGUUCUAAGGGAAAACAGUGGGAAACUGACUAACCUGGAGUUGAAAAAAGAUCUGCAGCUGAACGUGAAGAAUGUGCAGGUGCGUGCAGGAGACCUGCAGCUGGUUCUGGACGGUAUGAACGUCAACAUGGAGCAUUAUCAGGGCCACUUCCAGCACAUGGCUAACGGCACAGCAGCCUCAGCCGGCACUCCAGAGCGCAGCAGACAACACGUUAACGGAGAGGUGUCCCGUGGUCAGGGGGACGCCUCCACCCCCACCAGCCAGCAGAAUGGCCCGUCCAGCAAUAUGUCCACCCCCAACACCAGACACACUGAGCAGUCAGGUGCGAGAUCCCGCGCCUCUCGCCCGGCCCCGUCUCCGCCGUCCGCUGAUCUAUCGUCACAAGCCAGCUCGCAGGCCCCGCCCCUACCCAGCAGAUCGGGGGCCGCAGCAGCCGCUGCAGCAGGAGGGGCCGCAGCAGCCAGCAACUCCCCGCAGUCCAGCAGCAGACAGCAGGGCAAACCGCCAAGUGCCGGCCAGUCCUCACAGCAAAACCCUCAUCCUGCAGGCCCUCCUCCAGAUGCGAGUGACACGUCCAACACCACGCCCCAGAACGGCCCCACACAACCUGGGCAGGAGCCUCUCCCUCCUGGCUGGGAGACGAGGAUAGACCCCCAUGGCAGAGCGUACUAUGUUGACCACACCACCAGAACUACCACUUGGGAGAGGCCGCAGCCCCUGCCACCUGGCUGGGAGCGUCGGGUGGACCCCCGGGGCAGAGUCUACUAUGUGGACCACAACACGCGCACCACCACCUGGCAGCGCCCCACGGUGGACACGGUGCGGAACUACGAGCAGUGGCAGCAGUACCGGACGCAGCACCAGUCGGCCGCCAUGCAGCAGUACCAGCAGCGCUUUCUCUGGCAGACCAACGCAGUCGCUGCAGACGACCCGCUGGGCCAGCUGCCUCCUGGCUGGGAAAAGAGAGAGCAGAACGGAAGGGUUUACUUUGUCAACCACAACACCAGAACAACUCAGUGGGAGGACCCCAGGACACAGGGAAGUGCAGUAAACGAUGAGCCCAGGAGUGGUGCAACAGCUGAAGGAAGCGCGGUAAAUGAGGAGCCGCUGCCUGAGGGCUGGGAGAUGAGAUACACGGCGGAGGGAGUCAGGUACUUCGUGGACCACAACACACGGACAACCACAUUCCAGGACCCCAGGAGUGGUGCAACAGCCAAAGGACCCAAAGGAGCAUACGGAGUGCCCAUCGCCUACGAGAGAAGUUUCAGAUGGAAGCUGGGACAGUUCAGGUAUCUCUGUCAGUCCAAUGCCCUGCCCAGCCACGUCAAGAUAAGCGUAUCCAGGCAAACUGUCUUUGAAGAUUCCUUCCACCAGAUCAUGCGGUUACAACCAUUCGACCUGCGGAGGAGAUUGUACAUCAUCUUCCGAGGGGAGGAAGGGUUGGACUAUGGUGGAAUAGCCAGGGAGUGGUUCUUCAUGCUGUCCCAUGAGGUGUUGAACCCCAUGUACUGCCUGUUUGAGUACGCCAGCAAGAACAACUACAGUCUGCAGAUCAACCCGGCCUCGUCAGUCAACCCCGACCACCUCAUGUACUUCAGGUUCAUCGGCAGGUUUAUAGCCAUGGCGUUGUACCAUGGGAAGUUCAUCGACAACGGCUUCACGCUGCCCUUCUACAAGCAGAUGUUGAGCAAGAAGCUGACAAUGAAGGACCUGGAGUCUGUCGACCCUGAGUUCUAUAACUCCCUGCAGUUCAUCAAGGAAAAUGACAUUGAUGAGCUGGACAUGGAGCUGUACUUCUGUGCCGACUUUGAGGUGCUGGGCAAGGUGACCACCGUGGAUCUGAAGGAGGACGGGUCAAACAUUCGUGUCACGGAGGAGAACAAGGAUGAGUACAUCCUGCUCAUGGUCAACUGGAGGUUCCAGCGUGGUGUGGAGGAGCAGACCAAGGCCUUCCUGGACGGCUUCAACGACGUCGUCCCACUGCAGUGGCUGCAGUACUUCGACGAGAGGGAGCUGGAGUUGAUGCUGUGUGGCAUGCAGGAGUUUGACAUUAACGACUGGCAGAGGAACACCAUCUACAGACACUACGCACGCAACAGCAAGCAGGUCCAGUGGUUCUGGCAGUAUGUGAAGGAACUGGACAACGAGAAGCGGGCCCGACUGUUACAGUUUGUGACAGGCACAUGCAGGCUACCUGUGGGAGGAUUCGCCGAGCUAAUGGGGAGCAAUGGUCCCCAGAGGUUUUGUAUAGAGAAGGUGGGAAAGGAAACCUGGCUUCCACGCAGCCACACAUGUUUUAACCGGCUGGACUUGCCGCCGUACAAGAGCUACGAGCAGCUGGUGGAGAAACUGAAUUACGCCAUCGAAGAGACAGAAGGCUUCGGACAGGAAUAAGGACAGGCCAGGAGAACCUGCUGUGUUACUGUGGUUAACCAUAGCUGGGCCACCUGAGCCAGUCUUUGGUUACCUUACAUGGCCCACCAUGUGGCCCACCCCUAAACCCUUUUUACCUGCUAGAUCAAUCCAGAAUCAAGCAUGAUUUCUGAAAACGCACCAAAUUUUCAGAAUAUUGUGUAUCUUGAAAUAGACAGACUGACGAUACCAAAUCAUAGAAAAUAGCCAUUUGUUCCCAAGGAGUAAAAUGAGUAUUUUCUUUCCUUAUUUUUUUCGGGGUGGGGAAGGCUUUUAGAUGUAAAUGUAGCUGCAAAAUGCCAUCUUAUCAAUGUGUUAGAAGUAUGUGAUAAACACCCUUGGUUUCCAAUCAACAGAGCUUAUGUUAAAUUAAGAAGUAUGUGCAAAACUAGUACCUGUUGAAUCAUGUUAAUUUCCUGCAUAGCAGGUAUAAGUAGAAAAUGACAGUUCAUUCAAAAACCAUAGGAAUGGACAAUUGAUUACUGAAAGGGUAGGUUUGAUCCUUUGUUCAGCUUAAAUUAGGCUUAUGCGUCAUAAGGUAGUACAUGUAGCAAACCCAUACAGAGUUUUUCAAGACAAAUCUGAUCUUGAGUUUGGAACUAUCAUGCCAUUUGACCCUGGUCACUUUAAACCCGGUAAGCCACUUAACAAAUUUCAAUGGCUCCAUGCUUUAAAGCCCUGUAUGUAAAUUUUUUUCAGUAGAUGACCUACAGUCAAAUUUAUGGCUAUGUAAUGAGUGUGCUCCCUGUGUAUCUUUGGCAUCAUUAUUCUAAGUUUGUCAUAGGUAUAUUUGAUUUUAUGAAUUUGUUAAAUUCUUCAAAUUUCCAGUGUCUCUCCAGAUUUGAAGUGACCAGUGUUAUUGACCUUCUCUCUGCUGAAAUUGCCUUUUGGCACCAAAUUUGUAUUGGUUACAGGAUUAGGCUGGAAGAGAAGGUUAAAAAGUGCACAAGGCAUUGAGGCAUAGAGAAGAGGGCAUAGCAUAGCAAUCCUGUAUUUUAUCAGCACCCGUUUUUGUACGAUGUGUAAAAAGUUGGUGGCAGAUAAUCAGCCACAAGAAGCCAUGAGCAGACUGGUAUGUACAUAAAUCAAAUUUUUUCUCCUCCUGCUUGGUGAAUGUUGUAUGAAAGAUAAAAAGAUUUUUUUCUCGAUUCCACUUGAUGAUGCUUUUCUGGGAAGUGCUGAGAAUUGUGACGUUGAUGAGGAAUUUUGUUUUUGUCGUGGAAGGAAGUCAAAUCAGUUUCUCUGGACAGGCAUGUUCCAAAGUGUGGUGGGGUCCAUGAAAAUGCACAUAACAAGCCAGAUACAUAGUGUAAAUGUACUGCUGGCCAGUGCCCAUUGUGGACACCACAUGGUCAGGCCAUUACCAGUCCAUUGGUAAACCAAUAACCAGAGUGUAAAGAGCUUGAUUUAGACUAUAUUGAGCAAAAGCAAUUCUUUGCUAAUACCCAAUUUAAAAAAAAAGUAGCAACUUCUUUUCAUUACAAAACUGUAUUGAGGUUACAGUAAGACUGUCAAUGUCUCAUUUUUCCAUACACACCAAUUGCCUUCUUAUGCAUAUAGCAAAAUCUCUGCCUGUAUGAAAUCUUGGAGGAUUUUAUUGUUUCAGCUUUAAUUUGAGUGCGUAAUGUAAGGCUCUAAGAUUGUGAGAAGAGCCUUUGGCUGAUUUGCAAUCUGCUUUGUAUAAAUACAUGUAAAUUUAAUGUCACCCAAGCUGACUAGAGCCUGGCAACUGUGAAGGGGAAGGAAAAAUUUAAGUUAGCAAUUUUCCAAGUGGAUGAUUUUACUAACAUUAUAGUUAAACAAAGAAAUCCUUAUGUAAUGUAAAUACUAUACUGUUAUAUUAGUCUGGGAGGGGAAUACCUGUGAUUUUGUUGUUUGUGUACGACCGCUGCUACUAUUUUUAUCAGGUGUGUAUUUAUACAGAUAUCGCCCUUCCCUCCUGGUCAGAUAUCACCCAUGUAUGGUGAUAUAUGUACCACAGGAAUACUGUAUUUUCAAUGCACAAUUGUACAUGCCAAGCUUCACUAGAUUUCUGUCCAAUCCUAGCAUUGUCGGCUCUCUUGCACACCAAUAUGUGUUCACAGGGUCCACAUCAAACUGCUGCAGACAUUCUCUGAUGAUGGGAAAAGUCGUUCCAACCGAAACAUGUUUGCAGUAAUGGCAAUUAAAGAUGCCAUUUAAUUGUCUCAUCCUUUGUCAUGUAGUUUCCUGUAGAUUCAGGCAGUGAAGACUGUCAACACCCUGUUUCUUUAGACCCUGUACUCUACACGUUGGUUUCUGCAAGACAGUUGCCCAUCCUGGAUGGAGUUUCUUUGAUAGGUAUUCUGUUGCAGCCAACCAAGCCACUCAAAACACCCAUAGCAACCAUUGGCUGCAUUCAAACAAGAGUGCUUCUUCUCAUAAAUGUGACUUAUUUUAAACGUAAUCAAUUACAAGUUACAAGGACUUGGUUGGAAUGCCAGCAUGCCUAUCUGAAAUGUACAUGUAAGUUUUGUCUCCAAUCUUUGCUGUCCCAGCAUGGACCUUCAACACACUCCUGUACAGGUCUGUCUUCCUCUUGUCAUUCUCAAACGACAGUCUCUUUUCCAAUAAAGUGCUGAUUUUAUUAUGAAA